AAAACACUUUCAACUAUUAUUGCUUUCAAGCCAUUGAGUUUUGGUUUCGAUUCCAAGAAAUUUCGCCUAAACAAUGGCGACUCGAGACAACAACGGGUCGGAACUUGACCCGAAUCUUGUUACGGCGGAGACACCAGAAUUAGAGGCCCUGAAUCCUGUUAUGGCAGAGACACCAGAAUCAGAGGCCCUGAAUCCUGUUAUGGCGGAGACACCAGAACCAGAGGCUGAAAAGCUCGUUAUUUCGGGUGGUGAAAUUCCUAUUGAGGAAUUUGUAGACAAGAUUACAUUAGAGGGUGACCCUCCUCCAGUUGAAGGAAAUGGGAAUGACGAUAAAAAUGAGAACGAGAAUAAAGAUGACAGUGAAAGCGAAAGUGAAAGUGAAAGUGAAAGUGAAAGUGAGAGUGGAAAAUCAGAAUCUGAGACUUCUUCAUCAUCACCGCCAUCAUCAUCACCGUCGUCGUCAUCAUCUGGUUCUAGCAGCGAUGAAGAGAAGAUGGUUAGUAGGAGUGCCGUUGAUGAUGAUACUGAUGAUGAGGUUAUAGUAGGACCAAUCAGGUCAAAGCAUGAGAUUCAGAAAUUGCCUCCAGUUCCUCAGGUGGAUGUGACUUUAGAACCACACCAUCAAAUGCUACCUGUGGGAGUUGUUAUGUCGACUCUAGGUGCUAAAGUCAUUGUGGAAGGAGUGGAGAAGCAUGAACCUCUCAAUGAGGGUUCUGUUCUCUGGCUGACUCAAAGCCGCAAACCACUAGGUUUUGUAGACGAAAUCUUUGGACCAGUCAAAAAUCCAUAUUACGUUGUGAGAUACAAUUCUGAAAGUGAAGUUCCUGCGGGUAUCCAAGGGGGAACAACUUUGGUCUCGUUUGUUCCAGAAUUUGCUGACCGCGUGCUUAAUUUUAAGGAACUUUACUCGAAAGGCUACGAUGCAUCUGGUCCGUUUGAUGAAGAGGUUAAUGAUGAAGUAGAGUUUUCAGACGAUGAGAAAGAAGCUGAAUACAAGAAAAUGCAGCAAAUGCAGAAAAUGGCCAAGAGAGGGGUAAAUGAUCAAAAUCCCAGCAAGAAAAGAAACAAUAGAAAGAAAUUUACACCAAAUGAGCGUGUGUUACCUACUGCCCCUAAUGCACCUGUGGCAGCACAGCGUGUGUUGCCUACUGUCCCUAAUGCACCUGCAUCAGCACCGUUGGUUAAUCAUGGAAACCGUUAUUUUUCGGGCAUUGGACAAGGUCAAUUGGGGGGAACUACCACAGUUUCUCCAUUUCAACCUUUAAAUGCAGGUCCUAACUUUGCUACAAAUGGAAUGUGGCCAAAUGGGACAACAUUUCCACAGCAGCCACAGCCACAGCCUGAUCUGCUUCCAAAUGGAUUUCCGACAAAUGCCGGGUCAUAUUAUCCACAAAACACACAAUUUUCUCAUCAGUUUCCUGCGCCAGGAAUUCCAUUUCAACAGCAGUUUAAUCCCAAUCAAAGAUCUCUUUUCCCAUCUAUGAUGCCUGGGGUACAGCCCAAUAUAUUUACACAACAACCCAUGUAUGCACCGCCAUUUGCGGGUCAAAACCAAAUGACAUUUGAUUCGAGUUCACCUUUCCAACAGAUGCAGCCACCUCCACAACCUAUCUUUCAGGCACAACAGGGUUUUCCACCUUCGGAAUUGCAGUCAGACAGAAACCUGAACUUGCAUCCCAGUUCUAUUCCUGGCAACCCCUCUCAAUUUCAUCCAGGUUCAUCUGCUAGUCGAGGGAGGCCAACAUUUCGUGGCGGCGGUAGGAGAGGGUGGCGACCUACUAAGUGAAGGUUAUUGUUUGAUUUAUUAACAUUGAAAUGAUCGGUCGAGUUGGGCCCAUUCUGCAAGGGAUUGUACUUGCACAUUUUCCUGCAGCCUCUUGAAUUUCGAAAAGAAUUCAUGGCAACCUAAAAUGUAUGCGUCGAGUUCCUGAUCUUUUAGUUACAUGUGUCAUUUGUACUUGGAAGUGUUGGUGCUGAUGAUGUUGUUUGUGUACUGGAUGUACUGAAGGAGCACCUUCCACUUUCCCUGCGCUCAAUCAUGCCAAUAUACAUUAUCACCAUACUGUACUAGUAAAGAGUCAUGUUUAUUUGAAGCACAUGUUCGGUUUUUGUGCUUUUUAAAUAAAUUUAUAAGCAAAAUUAAAUUUA